UCUUUAGUUAUUUUCAGCCUCUCUUGUGUAAUUUUGCUUUUGGCGCGAAGCAAAAGAGAGGCAAAAUGGCCUAGGCUUUUGUCAUCAGGCCGGCCGUCAGAGCCUACCCGUGUUUGUAGGUAGUUGAGGGGAAACGGGUCUUCUGAGAAUGGCUGGAAAACGACGCAGAAUCGGAAUUGUUGGGUAUGGAAGUUUAGGUCAAUAUUUGGCAAAGGAAGUUCUCAGCCAUCCAGAUAUGGAUCUAGCAUUUGUUUGGAACAGAACAGUUGACAAGAUGGAGAAAGGCAUCCCAUCUGAGGCUAUAAUAGAUGACUUGGACAAAAUAGCAAGCAGAUCACCUGAUCUUAUCAUAGAGGUUGCACACCCUUCAAUAACUGAAAGCCACGGGGAGAAAUUCCUGGAAGUAGCAGAUUACAUGAUCGGUUCCCCAACAGCAUUAGCAAAAAGGGACUUAGAGAAAAAGCUACGAGACAAGGCAGGAAGUGGUCCGAAUGGACUGUAUGUACCAACAGGUGCAUUUUGGGGUGGUGAAGAUAUAAAGAAAAUGGCAGACAGAGGGACCUUGAAGGGUCUGAAAAUUACUAUGAAGAAACACCCACACUCGUUUAAGCUAGUGGGAGAUCUCGUGGAAAAGAAUGACAAUGUCAAAGAUGACCCUGUAACACUUUAUGACGGGUCUGUUCGGGAGUUGUGUCCUUUGGCGCCGAAUAAUGUGAACACAAUGGCAGCUGCUGCAUUGGCAGCUUGGAAUCUCGGAUUCGAUGCCGUUCAAGGAUGCCUAGUUGCCGAUCCAAGUUUAGAUUGCCAUAUAGUUGAAGUGGAUGUCCAAGGGCCUGGCCAGCCUCCUAAUCAAUUUUCUGUCAAGACCAUCAGAAGGAAUCCAGCUGCAACUGGCUUUGUCACUGGAUCUGCAACAUACGCCUCGUUCUGGAGUAGUGUUCUAUGUGCUCAUGGCAAAGGACCUGGCGUGCACUUAUGCUGAUGAUCUCUGGCUAGUGGAUGAAUUGAAUUCAAGAUAGUAAAAAAUGAAGAAAUGCAGGGCGUAAUUUGUAACUUUUUGAAGAUACUCUUUCCAAUGACGCUCUCUUUAGGUAUUUUAUUAUUAGAUAUAGAUAUUUAUAAGUAUUGCCAAUUCUGAAUGUAAAAUCAAUAGCGAUGCAAAUGUGUGUUUUGAACUCUCAGAAAUUAUUAUUGUGACCUGAUUGCUAAUUUUCUGCACACGAGAAUGCGCUCUACGACCAAUAAAUAGUCUGUGGCCUACUGUAUCCAUUUUCGGGAAUUAAUCAUAAAAUAGGUAAAUAUUAUUUAAAACUGGCCAGCAAAAGUUUAAAUAAUAAAAAUUGCCACUUAUCAUUUAUUUACUAAAAUUGGCCACUGACAUUAUAAAUUUUCACAUGGUUUGUUAACUACCUCUGCUUGGAAAAAUUUACCUUUUUUUGUCAUCGUUGAAAGGACAUAGACUGUCUUACGUCCGAAGCACUAAUUUUAUCUGAAAACCUUGAUUGACGGAACAUGCCGUGGCACGAAAUGUAUUUUACCGGUAGGUAUUGUUAUUUUCUCUUUAAAUUAAUGUUUUCAUAAAUGCAUUGUACAAAUCUUUGCAAAAGAUAAAAUGGGUAUGAUGGA